CUCCCCCACAGGCUGAAUUAUAGCUCUCCUACCAGUCCCACGGCGCGGAAUGAUGUCAUGGGAUCUGCAGUUCAGCGAGAUGAAAGGGAUAAAGCAGAACCCGCUGGCACUAGGAAAAGCUUCCAACACACAGUCCACAACACAGCUUGGGAACCAAAAAAGCUGCAGAUCCAGCCACUCAGCCCAAGCAUGGGAGAACUACCAGCAUUGCCUCAUUGCAAAAAAGAGGAGGAAAACAACGUGAUCCAUGUUUAACAAAAGAAUCUGUGGACUAGGAGGCGGGAGGGUAACUACCUGCUGAAAGUGAACUUUCUUGAUAUCCAUGCAUAUAUAUAAACUCAGCCCUGCCUUUGAUGUUCAGCAACUGAUCACUGAUCAGAUUACAGGCAUUUCAUCUCCCUGCUCGUCUGCCUUUGAUCUGCAUGGUUAAUUUUAUUUUCCUGGAUUUGAAGUUUCGUCUGGGCUUGUGCUGACAUACAUUUUUGGGAAGGUAGAAGCAUUUGGCACAGAAGUGCUGCCAGGAGAAACUAAGUUGCCGAACGGAACUCUCCAACAAUAAAUACAUUUGAUAAGAAAGAUGGCUUUAAAAGUGCUACUAGAACAAGAGAAAACGUUUUUCACUCUUUUAGUAUUACUAGGCUAUUUGUCAUGUAAAGUGACUUGUGAAACAGGAGACUGUAGACAACAAGAAUUCAGGGAUCGGUCUGGAAAUUGUGUUCCCUGCAACCAAUGUGGGCCAGGCAUGGAGUUGUCUAAGGAAUGUGGCUUCGGCUAUGGGGAGGAUGCACAGUGUGUGACGUGCCGGCUGCACAGGUUCAAGGAGGACUGGGGCUUCCAGAAAUGCAAGCCCUGUCUGGACUGCGCAGUGGUGAACCGCUUUCAGAAGGCAAAUUGUUCAGCCACCAGUGAUGCCAUCUGCGGGGACUGCUUGCCAGGAUUUUAUAGGAAGACGAAACUUGUCGGCUUUCAAGACAUGGAGUGUGUGCCUUGUGGAGACCCUCCUCCUCCUUACGAACCGCACUGUGCCAGCAAGGUCAACCUCGUGAAGAUCGCGUCCACGGCCUCCAGCCCACGGGACACGGCGCUGGCUGCCGUUAUCUGCAGCGCUCUGGCCACCGUCCUGCUGGCCCUGCUCAUCCUCUGCGUCAUCUAUUGUAAGAGACAGUUUAUGGAGAAGAAACCCAGCUGGUCUCUGCGGUCGCAGGACAUUCAGUACAACGGCUCUGAGCUGUCGUGUUUUGACAGACCUCAGCUCCACGAAUAUGCCCACAGAGCCUGCUGCCAGUGCCGCCGUGACUCAGUGCAGACCUGCGGGCCGGUGCACUUGCUCCCAUCCAUGUGCUGUGACGAGGCCUGCAGCCCCAACCCGGCGACUCUUGGUUGUGGGGUGCAUUCUGCAGCCAGUCUUCAGGCAAGAAACGCAGGCCCAGCCGGGGAGAUGGUGCCAACUUUCUUCGGACCCCUCACGCAGUCCAUCUGUGGCGAGUUUUCAGACGCCUGGCCUCUGAUGCAGGAUCCCAUGGGUGGUGACAACAUCUCUUUUUGUGACUCUUAUCCUGAACUCACUGGAGAAGACAUUCAUUCUCUCAAUCCAGAACUUGAAAGCUCAACGUCUUUGGAUUCAAAUAGCAGUCAAGAUUUGGUUGGUGGGGCUGUUCCAGUCCAAUCUCGUUCUGAAAACUUUACAGCAGCUACUGAUUUAUCUAGAUAUAACAACACACUGGCAGAAUCAGCAUCAACUCAGGAUGCACUAACUAUGAGAAGCCAGCUAGAUCAGGAGAGUGACACUGUCAUCCACCCAGCCACUCAGACGUCCCUCCAGGAAGCUUAAAGAACCUGCUUCUUUCUGUAGUAGAAGCGUGUGCUGGAACCCAAAGAGUACUCCUUUGUUAGGCUUAUGGACUGAGCAGUCUGGACCUUGCAUGGCUUCUGGGGCAAAAAUAAAUCUGAACCAAACUGACGGCAUUUGAAGCCUUUCAGCCAGUUGCUUCUGAGCCAGACCAGCUGUAAGCUGAAACCUCAAUGAAUAACAAGACUCCAGGCCGACUCAUGAUACUCUGCAUCUUUCCUACAUGAGAAGCUUCUCUGCCACAAAAGUGACUUCAAAGACGGAUGGGUUGAGUUGGCAGCCUAUGAGAUUGUGGACAUAUAACAAGAAACAGAAAUGCCCUCAUGCUUAUUUUCAUGGUGAUUGUGGUCUUACAAGACUGAAGACCCAGAGUAUACUUUUUCUUUCCAGAAAUAAUUUCAUACCGCCUAUGAAAUAUCAGAUAAAUUACCUUAGCUUUUAUGUAGAAUGGGUUCAAAAGUGAGUGUUUCUAUUUGAGAAGGACACUUUUUCAUCAUCUAAACUGAUUCGCAUAGGUGGUUAGAAUGGCCCUCAUAUUGCCUGCCUAAAUCUUGGGUUUAUUAGAUGAAGUUAACUGAAUCAGAGGAAUCAGACAGAGGAGGAUAGCUCUUUCCAGAAUCCACACUUCUGACCUCAGCCUCGGUCUCAUGAACACCCGCUGAUCUCAGGAGAACACCUGGGCUAGGGAAUGUGGUCGAGAAAGGGCAGCCCAUUGCCCAGAAUUAACGCAUAUUGUAGAGACUUGUAUGCAAAGGUUGGCAUAUUUAUAUGAAAAUUAGUUGCUAUAGAAACAUUUGUUGCAUCUGUCCCUCUGCCUGAGCUUAGAAGGUUAUAGAAAAAGGGUAUUUAUAAACAUAAAUGACCUUUUACUUGCAUUGUAUCUUAUACUAAAGGCUUUAGAAAUUACAACAUAUCAGGUUCCCCUACUACUGAAGUAGCCUUCCGUGAGAACACACCACAUGUUAGGACUAGAAGAAAAUGCACAAUUUGUAGGGGUUUGGAUGAAGCAGCUGUAACUGCCCUAGUGUAGUUUGACCAGGACAUUGUCGUGCUCCUUCCAAUUGUGUAAGAUUAGUUAGCACAUCAUCUGCUACUUUAGCCAUCCGGUGUUGGAUUUAAGAGGACGGUGCUUCUUUCUGUUAAAGUGCUCCAUCCCCUACCAUCUACACAUUAGCAUUGUCUCUAGAGCUAAGACAGAAAUUAACCCCGUUCAGUCACAAAGCAGGGAAUGGUUCAUUUACUCUUAAUCUUUAUGCCCUGGAGAAGACCUACUUGAACAGGGCAUAUUUUUUAGACUUCUGAACAUCAGUAUGUUCGAGGGUACUAUGAUAUUUUGGUUUGGAAUUGCCCCGCCCAAGUCACUGUCUUUUAACUUUUAAACUGAAUAUUAAAAUGUAUCUAUCUUUCCUAGUACAUUUUUAUCUUCUCAUGUAUUAUCCAUGGUUUUCUCUGUUUGUGAGAGAUUAGUAAAAUUUAAUGAGCCCUCUUUCUUGUGGCCGUUUCUCCAUAGUUUUAGGUUUUGAUAUGUGUUUACUAGCUUGCCUGUGUCUGGUACAUCUCAUGACCUCAAUUCCCUCACCUGAAAUAGGAAAUGAGAAUGUUUCAUUGUAGCCCCCAAGCUGUCAUGUCAUCCUAGUGCCUAGUCAUAAUUAAUUGACUUUUCCUGUAUUACUUCUUUUUUUAAGUAUAAACCAAUGAUCCUUUGGUAGUCAAGAACUCUUAGGAACAUUGCCUUUUGGACGUGUAAAAUAUUUAGGAUUUGACCACACAAUGGCUAUGAAAAUGCAAGUAGUUUCCUCGCGUGACCUCACCAUGAUUCACAUACAUGCCACUGUUUGCAAUCUGGUCUGUUUGCAUUUCUGUUAUGACAGAGAGAUGAUGUUUGCAUUUCUGUUAUGACAGAGAGAUGAUGAAAGUAGGCAGGGCUGUGUUCCUUUGUGUAGCCUGUAUAUAUUUUCCAUAUGUAGAGCCCUGAUUAACUUCAAGGACAAACACUGGCUGGAGAAAGCCAGACUGAUGGGAAUGAGACUUUGGCCAAAAAUCCCAAAACAUCAUUUUCAAUCAGUAGAGAAGUGCUUAGGGUUGAAAAUUGAUUUCAUUUGCUACUGAAUUUGGUAAAUCCUGGGUAACUUUUAUCAAGAUGAAGACAUUUUACCCUACCUACUCUAGAAAUAUACAACAAUGUUAUAUUUUACACUCCUUGUAAACAUUUGAGGAAAAAAAUGCAAUUUGCACUUCACUUUGUUGGAAUAUCCCAUAGCACUCAAUAAACUCAGCUGCUAGAGUGCCGAUGUCAGGAGGGCUGCGUCGGGUAAUGCGUGUGGCUGAAUGGGCAUAACCACUGUGGCUUCUUGUGCUGCAGAAGCUCGUUGACAAGACCGAGGAGGAUUUCAAGAGCAACCAAGUAAAGUCAUGCAUUUUCUAAUUUUGUGUAUAUGGAAUAUAUUUUUAAAUAGAGAUUUUUCUACUUUAGAUAAUGUGUUAAUAUUGCUAUUACCUAGGUUAAGCACUAUUGUCUGUGCUGGUAAGAAAAAAAAAGGAAAGGAAAACCAUCAUUGCUUUAAAAUAGCUUAUAUCAAUUUAGAUUUCAUCAUUACUAUUUUGCAUACUGGAAUUUAUAAAUGUGUAAAUUAUCAUUUUCUUAGUUUUGUAAUACCUUUUUUAUUUGUGAAUAAAAUUAUCACCUGGUA